GCGGACGUGAUAUUGAAUGCAAAAUCUAUGAAAUCAAGAUAGGAUGAUAUUUUUAUGUUUGUCGUAACUCAUUCUAGUUAAAUAUUCGCAGAAAAAGAAACUUCUUUUCAAAUCAACUGUGUUUCGGCAUUUUCUUAAAUACAAUGUAUCGGGCAUGAAUUUUAACAUUAUGACUAUGACGAUUAGAUUUCAUGAAAAAUCAGUCGGUUUCAUCGUUUUGGUAUUUUUUGUGUGCUGCAAUAGUUUGACGCAUGGCCAAGCUUCCAAAGUGGGGAUAGCUUUAACACAAUUUGAAAAUGAAACACAGGGAACUGACAAUGAGGUCACCACUCCAACGAACGUUUCUGUUGAAUUGGAGGAUUCCACCACCGAGGAUACACAAACGUCUCUUGAAAGUUCAACAGUUGAAACAGAUCCAGAUGAUAAGAAUACCAAUCCAAUGAACGUUUCUGUUGAAUGGAAAAGUUCUACCACCAUGGAAUCAAAUACAUCUCGUGAUAGCACAACAGUUGAUGACGAAAUAGACACAAAUAAUGAGGUCACCACUCCAAUGAACGUAUCUGUUGAAACGGAAAAUUCUGCAGAUGGUUCACAUACUUCUCAAGAGAGCUCAACAGUUGCAAUUGAUGUGACAGAAUCGAUUUUUGAAAAAAGCACAACUAAGAGUUCCACAAUCCGCCUAUCUUCCGAAAUACAACCGACAGAUGAAGUUACCAGCACCAUGAACGUUUCCAUGGAAACGGAAUAUGCUACAACAUCUGAUUGGGAAACAUCUUAUGGAAGCCAAUCUGAAGGCACUGAGAUAGUGGGGACAACAAUAGCAGACAACAUUGAUAACAGUUCCUCUGUUUCAACGAUCUCACCAUCCACCACAACGACAGAACUCAUGAUCACUGCUAACAGCUCUAGAUGCCCUGUCGUGAUCCUGUCACCAGGGUUUGUUUCAACAGAUUUUGGCACAUCUGCACAAUUCAGAGCCAUUGUAGAGUCGUACCAUGAUCCAGCUCUGGAAUCUAGGUGGUUAAGACUGCGGUCCAGUGUAACCGAAACCAUCGACAUCAACCAUCCGAAAUACUCCGGAAGUAAAAACCUUCCCUCUCCAGAGCUACUGAUUAAUAAUGUCACAUUCGAAGAUGAGAUCAACUACCAGCUUCAAGUUCGAAUUGUUGGUGGAUGGUGCUUCGGGAAUACCGUAUCGUUGGACGUCAGAGGAAUUUUGCAGUUUUACGAUCCAUGCAAUGCUACAAAGGAGUGUGACCAACGCAAAGACUUGGUUUGUUCAUCAGUACACAAUAGCUGCAUGUGUCACAGUAACUAUUACCACCGAAAUCGAACUUGUUAUCUUAGGUCCAACUUAAGAGCGGUGUACUCUAAUUCGCAAAUAACAACUUCUAAUAUAACAGUGUGGUGGAAUCAUCCGUAUCAGGACGCAGACCUUGUGCAAUCAUACAACGUUUCACUCCGAGAGAGAUCUAACUCGUACAACUAUAAAGCGUCCGUGGAACUACAAACCAAUUACACGUUCGAGUCCUCUUUUUCCCCCAGUUUUUUGUACUUUUUCGAAAUCACUUCCAAUGUUUUGUUAAGCGACCCCGAGGAGACGUUUACCGUGAAAACUAACACUAUCAAUUUAGUUGUUGAUCCAAAUCCACCAGGGCCAAUUGACACAAAUGCCAGCAAUUUUCAUCCACAAACGCUUUAUUUAAAGUGGGCAGGAUCGGAAAACAGCUCUUAUGUAAAUAUGUAUCAAGUUAUAAUAGACAGGUACUCGAUAUUAUCAUCUUCGAUUUCAUUAACCUGGCACAGGGAUCUGGAACCAGGCAGGAAUUAUACAGUACAAAUAUAUGCAAUAUGCUGGUACAAUAACAGUUAUAGUACAUGGAGUCCGGUAUACAAUGGCGUAAUCCAAACCCUGCGCGUACCUAAAGUUACCCUCCCUCGCUCAUCAUAUACCAUACCGUUUCUAUCGAACUUUGAAAUGGUAGCAUCAGUUCUAAAUGUCUCCGAUUUUCCUCCUACGACGUCUACGAAGUGGCAAAGAUACAGUCAAUAUAUUGAUAUCAAUGACACCAGGUAUAAUGGAAGUACAGAGGAUUUAGUUUAUCCGACAUUGGUUAUCAACAGAGUGGAUUUCGACAACGACCAUAGGGCUUACUACCGUUGUGUAGCAACCAAUUCAGAUGGAUCGUGGACCAGCAGCGAUACAAGAUUGUAUUUGAUAGGGAGCCUCAAUUUUCUAGAGAUGUGUACACGGAGUGAGGAAUGUACAUCGGGAAAAUAUUUAACAUGUCGACAAAGCAAAUGUCUCUGUAAUUCAUGGUAUUACCAUAAAAACCGUACAUGUUAUUCACCGUACUUGUUGCAAGUAAACAUGCUUGAAAUCGACAACGACACGUGUGAAGGAAAUCUAAGAUGGAGUCACCCGACCGUGGACUUCGAUCUCAUCACAAAUUACAUUGUUAGAAGAUACUACAUGCACUAUUACAUGUGGUUUUAUGAAGAAAUGGUCUCCGUAGGGGUUGUCACGCAAUAUAGUACAAAAUGUACUUUGCAGCCUGGACGUCUCUACAUGUUUUCUAUUAGUCCAAUUGCAUCCCUUACUGAUCCAGAUGAAACAUUUGAAGUACUCUAUACAUCUCGUACAAUUAUCAUGGAACCACUGCCACCUGGAAAACUUGAUCGAAAGAUGAGUAAUUUUUCUGCAAAUCAUCUGUUUCUAAAAUGGAAUCCACCUAGCGGUAAUACUACACUGAAUCACUACAGAGUAGUGAUUAAUGGAUAUCAGCAACAGACGUUUGGAAGUGUCCCAGAGAGCUACUGGAAUAAAAAGCUAACUCCCGGAACAAUUUAUAAUGUAACAAUUGUUGCAGUGAGUUAUGGGGAUUUGUUUAGUGGUCCUUGGUAUGGAUCAGCAGAAAGUAAACCCGUUGUCGAUUGGAUAGAAACUGAUACAGGUAAUGAGGAGGGUUACUCUUAUUUGCCUUUUGGAGAGCGAGAUGAGGUACUUAGAGGAGAUGACGUCACAAGUGCAGUUCUGAAAUCCCCAACUACUGUAUAUGCAGGGGAUAGCUCACAAGGAGGGUUUACCUUUGUUCAGAUCGGAUCAAAUGGCGUGAUUGGUCUUGGAGAAAAGUUCAACAGCAUUACAAUACAUGAUAUUGGUACAGACACACUGAAAAGUAGACGCAUUAUUUGUCCAUUUUGGGUAGAUCUGUUGACAGUUGACUCCAUAGGCAACAUUUACUACCAGACAUAUCAAAGGGGAAUUGAUGCCGAAAACGACUUAUUUUUGAGAAAAGCAAACACAAUAGUACGCUUACAGUUUGCCGACUUUCCCGAGUUCGCGGCUUCGUGGAUUGUCAAGGUUACAUGGGAAAACAUGACCGUAUUUGGUGAUAAGAGUAAGACUGUGACAUUUCAGUGUCUUUUGAUUACGGAUGGACAAAGUACUUUCACUGUUUUUAAUUACAUUGAUGUUGAUUUAAAUCCAAUAAAAGAUAAGAAAAUAGCAAUUGGUUAUCAGUAUGGGACAAACUUUGAAAGAAACUCCUUAUCUAACAAAGACAUGGCCUUUAGAAUGAGUGAAAUUCCGGGUAACAGAGGAAUGAAAGGUUUCUGGAUAUAUAAGAUGACAACAGGCGUUCCAUUGAACAAAGACGAAAAAGAUUGUUUUGAUUGGUACAUUAAAAAUAAGGAACAAGAAACAUUCAUCAAACUAACAUCAGUAUUGAGUCAAAUUCGAUGUCCUUGUAAUCAUAUUCUGCUCCGAUUUGACCCCCGCUACGCCAUAAGUAGGUUCGACAGGAUCAAUAGAGUCUUGUGUUAUGCUUCCAUGAUUGUCGGGAGGAAUGCAGAAUGCUGUUAUAGAAUGCAUGGAUCGAUCAACAAUCUGGGUGCUUUGGAGCGAUCUUUACCAUCUGCUGGAACUCUUUUGCAAUAUAAUCCGUUUUUCGAACAACGAAAACAUUCCACUGAAGACUUUAAACCAAAAGAAGCAUGCUGCAUAAAGACCAAACACUGCAAGUGGUUUUAUGAGGUUCGCCCUAUUCCCUGGUGUUAUCUGAGGUCUCCAUUUAAUCCCGCAAUCAAUUUCGGAGAUCCGCAUAUUGUGACACUGGAUGGACUAAACUACACGUUUAAUGGGUACGGAGAGUACACCAUGUUGAACAUAUCAAAGAGACCAAUACAAUUUGACUUCCAGGCAAGGACAGACCUGGCAACAACAGCUAACGGCACGACUAUAAAUGCUACCAUAUUCAGUGCGUUUGUGGCUCAAGAUCAGACUGGAUCAAAAUUGCAGAUAGAAAUGUCUCGGGACAAGACAAGAAUGCUUGUAAGAGUCAAUGAAAGAGAUUUAACAAGAGAGUUUGAAAACACGUCCUUUGUAUAUUUGACGCAAAACCUGUCUGUUCGAUGGGAAAAUAAAACCAUAUCGGCUUCCUUCCUUCAAACAUCCAUCAUUGUUAAGGUCAGCCUGGGCGUGCGAUUUCUGAUAUCGGAGGUAGUUGUUGACAGUGAAUACGGGGGUCAUGCCAAAGGAUUGAUGGGGAAUUUCGAUGGAAACCCUACAAAUGAUUUUAUACUACCUAAUGGAACUAUUUUGAAUAAAAAUUCAACAAAGACAGAGAGGGAUGUAUACAACAACUUUGGCCAGCAAUGGCUUGUAAACGAAAAAUCUCUUUUCCACUACGACAAGGACUUAACAUACCAUAAUUAUACUCACCUUGAUUUCGAGCCGAUAUUCUUGGAUGAAAUUGAUCAAAAUAAAUUGGAAGAUGCGAAAACAAAAUGUGGCCCAAAUCCGUCACAAGCUUGCAUCUUCGAUUAUCUGGCAACGGGAGACAUUGCUCUGGCAGAGUCAUCAGGAACUGAGGAAGCAUCGGCACAGUCCGAUAAACAGAUCAUUGAGAACGAAACACCAAGCAUAGCAGGAAACACGUCAAUCAAUGUUGAAGUCGGUAAGCCUGUAUAUAUGCAAUUCAAAGCUUCUGAUGACAGCGACAAAAAACCAUUGUUUAAAGUUUUGAAACAGCCACCUGGUUUCACUUUGAAUGAAACAAUAGGAAUGGCUACAUGGAUACCAAAUAGUACCAAUGUAUCAGAAAUAAGUAUAAGUGUGAUCGACGAUAUUGGAGCCGAAUCACCAUCUCUUGAUGUCUCAAUUGUUUUAUGUGGAGGCUGCAAUGACCACGGACGCUGCGACUAUAACAACAUUAUACCCUCAGAUAACGCCCGGUGCAAUUUGGCAGCUUGUGUUUGUAAUGUAGGCUAUUCGGGUGAGAAUUGUGAACUAGAUACAGAUGCGUGCUUCAAUGAACCAUGUCCUUUACUAAGAAACUGCACGGAUCUUACGCCAGAAGAGGAAGUCCGAUUUGGCCGAGGCUUCAACUGCACUGAUUGUCCCUUGGGAUACAAGGAUAUAGAAAAUAAAUGUGAAGAUAUAAAUGAAUGUGAAAAUAACAGUGCAGUGUCUUGCAAUUCUCAGUCAGAGACCUGCGAAAAUACAGAUGGCAGUUAUCUCUGCAUUUGUCUAUCGGGCUUUAGAAAAGAAGGCAGCACAUGUAAAGAUAUUGACGAGUGUUUGGAAAAGACAUCUGGAUGCAAACAGAUAUGCAAUAAUGCACAUGGAUCAUUUAAGUGUCAGUGUUUUAAAGGGUUUUCUUUAAAUAGUGACAACACUACCUGCUUCAGGACAGAAGAAAAUACAUGUCAAGGAUUUCGCAAAACUUGCAAUUACACCUGUGAUAUGGAUAACGAUAAAUGUCUUUGUCCGAUUGGUUAUCAACUUGCUGAAAAUGAAGAAGACUGUAUCGAUAUCAACGAGUGUGAUGCCAAACCGUGUCAACAAAACUGUACAAAUACCGAUGGUUCAUUCCAGUGUACUUGUAGUGCUGGAUACCAACUAAAUAAAGAUAAAAUUUCAUGCUCAGAAUGUGAAGAACCAUAUUUCGGAGAGGAUUGUAGAAAAAUAUGCACCUGUGGACAAGGUAUGGACAGGUGUGACCCAGUGGCUGGUUGUGUCUGUAAAUCUGGCUGGACAGGGAUGAAUUGUACGAAUGAUAUCGAUGAAUGUGACAAUAAGACGAUAUGUGGAAAUGAAAAAGUCUGCCAAAACAUAGAAGGGUCUUACCAGUGCAUUUGUGUAGACGGAUUCAGAAUGGAUGGUGAUAUUUGCAAGGAUAUAAACGAAUGUGAUGAUGUAAGCUUAAACGAGUGCCCGGAUGAUACUAAGUGUCAAAACCUGCACGGAAAUUAUACUUGCAACUGCAAGUUAGGAUUUCAGAGACAUGGUUCUAUUUGUAAAGAUAUUGAUGAAUGUAAUGAUGCAACUGCAGAUUGUGAUCACAUUUGCAUUAAUACCGAUGGAGGAUAUAACUGUGACUGUGAAAUUGGAUAUGCAUUGCAUGACAAAGACAGAAGAACCUGUCAAAAGGUGGACAAUAUAUGUGAUAUUUUCCCGGAGCUGAACUGCAGCUAUGGGUGUCUGUUUGAAAGGAAUGGAAAUUCACAUGAAGGAUAUUGUUUCUGUGCAUCUGGUUACAGACUUGAUAUAGACAAUAGUACUUGUAAAGAUAUCGAUGAGUGCAAAGAAUCGAACAAAUGUCAACAGAAUUGCACAAACAUAGAUGGCUCGUUUCAAUGUGCAUGUGCUACAGGAUACGCUUUAGAAAAUGAUGGGAUUUCGUGUAAAGUGUGUGUGUCAGGCUUAUACGGAGAAAACUGUCAAAAACAAUGCAAAUGUGGCCAAGGCUCGGAAAGGUGUGACCAUAAAAGUGGAUGUGUAUGUAAAUCUGGUUGGGCAGGAACAUUUUGUGAUACAGACAUCAAUGAAUGCAAUAACACUGAAAAUCCAUGUAACAACACAUUCCAAGAAUGCAAAAAUAGUGUUGGUUCCUAUCAAUGUCAGUGCAAAGAAGGGUUUAACCAAACAGAAAAUGACAGUUGCAUAGAUAUAGAUGAAUGUGAAGAAGAUUCCAUUUGUGGUCACAACUGCAGCAAUACUUUUGGUAGUUACCAAUGUAGUUGUCUAGACGGUUACACGUUGGUAAACAACAAAAGCUGUGAAGACAUCGAUGAAUGCAAUGCAACAGGUAUAGUUGACGGAUGUCAGGACUGUAAGAACACCCCAGGAAGCUUUCAUUGCUCGUGCUUCGACGGUUAUGUUUUGAACAGCACAACAUUGUUUCACUGUCAUAAUAUCAAUGAAUGCCGUGAAGAGACAGCUAAUUGCUCAAAAAAUGCGACUUGUAAUGAUACAGAUGGUGCUUACAUAUGUACAUGUAACAAAGGCUUUAAUGGAGACGGGAAAAUAUGCACAAGAUGUGAGCAGUUUUCAUUUGGGAAUAAUUGCUCAAGCAGUUGCACUUGUGUUCCUUACAAUACCCUGGAUUGUCACCAUGUGACUGGAGACUGUCAAUGUGAGGAAGGAUGGAAAGGAAACAUUUGUUCAGAAGAUGUAGAUGAGUGUACGAGUGGAUCGGUUUCUUGUAAUGAAACUAUUCAUCAAGUCUGCGUGAAUACUAAUGGGUCAGCUCAUUGCGAAUGUCAGUAUGGAGGACUCGAUCUAAAUGAUUGCGUUGCGCCGAACCCACCUCAAAAUACAAGUAAUGGCGAAUACAAAGUAAAAAUUGAGAUACAUUUUUAUUUUGACUAUGACAGAGAAGAGGUUCUUAAUAGAAGCAAGGAAUGGAGAAACGAAAUUCAAUCGAAACUGGAAAUAUUUUACGAGAAACAUAUCAAAGAUAUCACACGUGUAGUGGUUUUGUCGUUGAGAUUUGGAAGCAUUAUCGUCGAUCAUGAGAUAUUUGCUAAUGGCUCACAAGAAAGUCUGAAACUUAAUGUAACAAACAGCAUGAUUAAAAUACUGCAACAAAGGGAAAACAUAACACUAUUCAACCAUUCAACGACAGUCAAAAACGUUGGUGUUUAUGAAAACGGUAACAAAACAAAUCUUAAUAGUUCCACUAAUCCUUGUGAUGUAUAUUCUGGCAUGUGUAACGAGGAUGAAAAGUGUGAUGAUUCAUCAGGAGAUGCUGUUUGUAUGACCAUAAAAUUGGAAACAACAGAUUGGUCGACAUUGCUAAUAAUUCUCGGAGUCACAAUUCCGCUCGCGAUGACAACUGGUGCUCUUGCAAUCAUCUAUGUAUGCCAUAAAAGAAAGUCUGCCCAGAAAAAAGACAACGCAAUUAUACGGGAUAAUGACUACUCAUAUCUAAGUCACAAUAAGGACAGUGUUCAAGAUCAGUAUUGUACGAUUGAUCAAUAUGGAGAUAUUUAUCGCAAGAAUCCACCAAGAGGUUACGACAAUUCAGAUUACUGGAACUCUAUUAACGAUCUUUUAAAUCGCCAAGAACAGUUUCGAAUCAAAAGACCAACCACUAGAAUCAACUAAUGAAGAAACUUUUAUGUAGAUAUAUUGUAUCUGUGAUCCUAGCUGCAUAUUAAUUAUCGUUUUAUAUAUUUGUUUAUGUAAUAUGAACUGAUUUUUAAAAGGUAUUUAUUAUGCAUAUCCAUAUUUUACAAAUAUACCCAGAAACAUUUAAAUUGUACUAAGUAUAUGCUUGUAUGAAUUAUAUUGAAAGGAUAAGUUUUAACUUAUCUAUGACUGACAACAAUGCAGAUGCGUUGAUCUUUUUUUAUUUCAUUGAUGACAUUUGCUUAAAUUAGGACAUAAAUAUGAAUAAACAUACUAGUUAUAUACGACAGCUUUUCGAUAUUGCGUAAUUGCGCUUAAAUGUAUUAUAGUUUUUAUUUUUAUUUUAUUUUUAUUGCGAAAAAAUGACAAAGUAUUGGGCACACUCUGUGAAAUGAACAUUUAGAUACAAUGCAUCGAUUAUUUUGCAUAGUGUCGUAUCUUAACACGUAGAAAGCCAACAAGUGGGGUUCAAUCAAGAAAGAAACAACAAACAUUUACUUGGUCAACAGACAAUGAUGUUUACUUAAGCGAUGGUGCCUCUUAAAAACGGCAAAUAAUAUUAAACAAUUAUGUGUAAAUAAAGAAAUAAUUAUAUAUACACUA